AUGGGUGUGUGUGCUAGUAUCUUAGAAGAAGCGUUGUUGCCCUCAUUUAAAAUUGUUGACAUUGUUAUUUCUUCUGACAAUAAUGAUGAUUCUGAGGCUGAAUAUGACACCGAUGCAAAUACUUUUUCGGUUGACGAGGACGAUGACUACAAUUCUGAAACUAUUGAAACAGUACAGAAUAUCGACAGUCAUGCAAAGCAGGUUCCAAAGUCAUUCCUUAAAAGUUUCAAGGCUCUACUGGGAUACUUUGAAAUACCAUUACAAGAUAAAAAGGACAAACAUCAGCUGCUAAUCCGCUCCUUUUUAACAUGGCUAGGUGGAUUAGAUAUUCCAGAUGCCGAGACGUUACCUUCGAAUGAUCUGAAAGAAAAUGACAGCCGAUCACCAGAUGAGGCUGCUGGCAUAAAAUGUUUCAAAGUUAAAGGUGUCUACAAAACGGAUGGAUAUGACAACGUGGCAUCGUCAGAAUGGGCGGUAGUAAAAAUCAAUGGAGCGUGGCAAAUUGUUCAUCCUUACCGAAUCUGUCGUGCUCUUUCUGGAAAAUUCCCGCAAGGAUGGUUAAAGUCUACAACUGAGGACUUGAAUACGCGCGAUGUUGAAAUUUUGAAAACUUCUUUCCUAGAUUAUUACAUUAACCCAAAGCCAGAGCAGUUCAUCUACGAGCUUUUCCCUGAUGAUACUGAAUGGCAACUACUUCCGGAUCCGAUUACUGAAAAGCAAUUCUUAAAACAAGAGUUAUAUCACCAUACGUGGUGGGAAACAGGCCUACGAUUGACAAGCAAACGACAAUACAGAUUAACAUCAACAAAAGGGAAGGUAUCUAUCACACUACAUGGUACUGAGCAAUCAGUGAACAAUCUGGUCCUGUGGUACGAUUUAAAUCUUCUUGAAUCAAUCGGCGAGACAAGAGAAGACUCACAUAUACAUGGCCAUGACUAUUUUCAAAGAUCAGUUUUUCUUGUUAGAAAUGAUACCUCUUGGGUAUGCAAAGUUUUACUUCCUGUCAAAGGAACUUACAGAAUUGUAUUUUAUGGUGGAAAAUUGCACAAACCUCUUACGGCAAUUUGUCAAUUUAGAUUGAUUUGCAAGGAAACCUACAAAGACCCCGUUCCACUAGCUGUCGAUCCUGGGCGUGUAGGACUAGGACCCGGGCCAUUUGCGAGAAUAGGUGGAUUAAUAUCUCCAACAUAUCAAAAUGGUGUCAUUCAAUUAGAAAUGAAUAAUACAUUGAAGCUGAAAUUUCGAGUCGGUUAUAAAUUGCUGGAAUGUUUCAAAAUCAAAGCCAAUCUUUACAAUUCAAAUGGUAUUGUUUUGAAAAGAGAUACCACUAGCAUGGUGGACUGUUCUAUUUCAAACACAAUACAGGGAAAGGAAGUGACGAUUACUGUCACUACUCCUGAUGAUCCAGGCUACUAUAUGCUGGAACUUUUAACUAACAAAGAUGAAACCAAAUGGACGAGUGCUUGCUACUAUCUUUUAGUGUAUAAAGCAUUAACACAAGUAUUUAUUGAGCGGUGUUCACAGAAAGUUAGAAAAAAUAUUUUGAUGAAAGUGACUGAAACGGGAGAUGCUCACCAGAUAAUGGUCAAGAUACAAGACUGUACAAAUAAAAAGUUUCCUGAAAAUGAUCUAGAUAUCCAGAAAGCAAGAGGAAAAGUUGCUUUACUGAAAACAUCCAAAAAGAAAUCACAAAUCUUGAGUACAAUCUUUACAAAAGAAUCAUGUGAUAGUUCAAAUAUUGUAAGUCAGAGUCAGUAUUAG